AUGAGCGAUCCCGGCGACACACCAACAAACGCUCCUGAGCCAACAGCACCCUCGCUCCAAGAAGAGGAUGAACAAUUCUUCGGCAUCGACGGGACAGCAAGCACGUCGGACUCUGUCUUCUGGGACGCAUUGACCCUUGCAGAGCUUGAAACAAUGUCAGAGGCCGAUCUCGAAAGGACAAGGAGGGCUUGGCUGAAGUACAUUGACCAAUUUGGUGGUGUGGAAGACAGCAGCGGUCCACCGGAGGAGGACAAUGGUGAGUCACUCGACGGGCAGGAUGAGGCCUCCGCUGGCCCUGAUUCGAUUGAGCACCCUGAUUCGAUUGGACAUAAGAUCAUCAGUGAGGCAUCAGCAGCUGGGCGGAGAUCAUAUCGUGCCAGAGCUUUUGCCGCUUAUGCGCAAAGGAAGAGGGAAGAAGAUCCAGACUAUGACGAAAAACGUGCGUAUCUCGUGCUCCAUGGUAGUGCUACCACAUAG